GGAUUGGUUUCUGCACCUGAGAUGCCAGCAGAGCAGUAGAUCGAGGCAAACAUCGAGCCAGCCGGCGAAAGGCCCAUGCAAUCCCAUGGGUGCCAACCGUGGUGGAGCAGCGAGGAGAGGGCAAGGCAGAGGAGGAAGAAGAAGGUGGCCGGUUUAAUAGGCAGAUUCAAUGGGUAAUAGAACGAGAAAACCGGACCGGAACAUGGUUCGGAAAAUUCAACCAAGAACCGGUUCAAAGCCGGUCUAUCGUACCAUUUCACGGGCGGUUCGAGAGAGCUAUGGAAACUGGAACCGACCGACGUCGAGGCAAUCGUUCGUCGUCGUCUCCGUCUCCUUUUUCCUCCUGCGUAUCUCCGUGAUUCUGCAGACUUCGUCUUCUACUCCGCCGUCGUUUUCCUACUGCAGCGUUGAAGCUCUAUAAGACUUCCAUGUGAGUAGUAGACAAAACCCCUAUCCGAAGAAAUUGCAGGCAUCAGACAAGCCCGUGGUGAAAGAUCUUUGUAUGCCCAGUAAUUGUUUGCUAUAUUGCCUCUUUGAUGUGAGUAGUAGACAAAACCCCUAUCCGAAGAAAUUGCAGGCAUCGAACAAGCAUGUGGUGAAAGAUCUUUGUAUGCCCAUUAAUUGUUUGCUAUAUUCCCUCUUUGAUGUGAGUAGUAGACAAACACCUAUCAUAUCCGAAGAAAUUGCAGGCAUCAAACAAGGCCGUGGUGAAAGAUCUUUGUAUGCCCAUUAAUUGUUUGCAAUAUUGCCUCUUUGAUGUGAGUAGUAGACAAAACACCUAUCAUAUCCGAAGAAAUUGCAGGCAUCAAACAAGGCCGUGGUGAAAGAUCUUUGUAUGCCCAUUAAUUGUUUGCUAUAUUGCCUCUUUGAUGUGAGUAAGUAGACAAACACCUAUCAUAUCCGAAGAAAUUGCAGGCAUUGAAAGAUCUUUGUAUGCCCAUUAGUUGUUUGCAAUAUUGCCUCUUUGAUGUGAGUAGUAGACGAAAGCCCUAUCAGAAGAAACUGCAGGCAUCAAACAAGCCUGUGGUGAAAGAUCUUUGUAUGCCCAUUAAUUGUUUGCUAUAUUGCCUCUUCGAUGUCCGGUAAAGAGGCUCAACGUUCUUCCAAAUAAUUCGGGUAUAUCCUUUGACACGUAGAGGUCAGUUCAAGAGUAAUUGAAAUUGACUCAUCUUGAGUUGAACCCAAAUGUUCCACUCGGGUCAACCAAGCCGAUGAUUUAACCUAACAUCCACCCAAAUCCCUCCCACGCGACCGCUGGCGAAGGAAACCUAGCCAUCGCUUGUCCGCUCGUCUUCGUUGCUGCCGCCGCCUCAGAAACGCUUACCGGAGAAGCCGUCGCCCUUCAGCAAUGCCGAUGGGCAGGACAAAAAAGCAGGGUGUCUUACGAGCCAACCAAGCAAUAUAUCAAGGGGCAACACUUCGUGAGGAGAACACUGGUGUAAAACAAGUGGACGUGAGUUCUAUCUUGAGGAUGCAGCAUCUUCAGCGUUUGGCAACAUGGGCUAGUAAAGAAGCUAGAGUGGCUCCUCUUGCUGCAUUUUUGGGAGAACGGUUGGCUUCUAAGGCAGAAGCUUCAGGGAUUCCUCUGGACCCAUCAACUCUUCUUUGUGAGAGAUGUGAAACCAUCUUGCAGCCUGGGAACAGCUGCAGUGUACGAAUAGAAAAAGUUACCAACAAGAGAAGACGACGGGUUAAUAAGUCACGAUUUCCCCGACAAAACAAUGUAAUCUACACAUGUCAUUUCUGUUCUCACCGUAACCUAAAACCAGGCACUGCGAAAGGCCAUGUCCAUGCUCUAUUGGAUGCACAUCCAGGUCAUACCUCUUCAAGAUCAAAUUCCUAUGGCCCCAUGAGUGAGAUAAAAGGCGACUCUGGUGUGGCCACCAAGGUGCUUCAACAUGAUGCUGCAGCAGGAUCUGUUGAACCGGAACUCAACUCUGGGUUGAACUCUAGCGGUCCUGAUACUAAUGCUGCAGCUGGAUCUGUUGCUACCAAGAGCCCCGUUACUCCACUAAUGAAGCUGAUCAAUAAAUCCAACAAGAAGAGGAAGAAGGCUGAUGACUCGACAACCAACAACAGUUUGGCGACUGCUGAUUCGGGACGAGCGAUUGGAGGCUCUAGCAAGCGGCGAAGAAAAGGAUGGUCUAGCUUGAAGGAGAUCGUUGAGAGCAGCGAGUCAAAGAACGACAGAAGUAUUAGUAAUCUUGCUAUUCCAUUUCUUCUCGCUUAAUCGGUGCUGCUCUCUAACUUUUCUUUAAUCAAACAAGCAAGAAAAACAAUUAAAAUGUAGAUAUGCUGUCAGUCUCUUGUAUAUAGUUUCUAAUUGUAGACAAGCAAGAAAAUCAUUCUGACAUCCCAUCAGAGAUUUGUAACAUGUUUUCUAA